UAAGCAAUGGUAGACAAGAACAGACGGGUAGGCCGUAAACGAAGGAUGAUCGAAGUUUGGAUCCAGGUAGAUACGUCGAUCGGAAAUCAAGCCACGACAGCGAUCCGGGCGGACUCAGGCACGCGAUCGGGGCAGAGAUGAAGGGAGCGCGACGGGCAAUGCAGGCAGUCUGAUCAUACAGAGCCAGAGUUAAAAUACAUGCAAGAAGAAAGGAAUGAAGCCGAACAGCGGUCGUUGCGAGGAUGGGAGAAGAACAAUGGGAGACUUUCGGCGCCGCAAAGGGGCAACGCCGCUCCACAUCACGUGCGCACCGGUUGCGGUGUUCCUUACAGGUUACGGCCACAUUGUCCGGCCACCAUCUGCUGGACAGGUUGCAAUGACCGGGAUGGUGGUCAAGAUGCAUUGGUCGGGUGUAUUGCUCUGUCUUUGCUUGGUGGUCUGGGAGGCUGGUCUCACUGUAUGUUGUGGCAACCCAAUGAAACCGCGUCGAAUUUAGAUUACUGGGCCAGGCUAUUUAUAUCCUCCAUCGAUACCUGUCAUCUACAUCUCCCGGCCUGGGAUCGCUGCAGAAAUCGGUUUAACUUUCAUGCAGCAGCGUGCCAAACAGGAGAAAAGAAUGCGUUUCUGACUUAGUAGUUGCAUGUCUUGCAUGUCUUGCAUGUCUAACCCCGGCCAGAUGUGAGGAGCAAACGAUCCCAACGCUGGGUUGAGCCAGCGGGCAUUCACUGUGGCUUCACAACC